ACACACCCAUACUACUCUAAAUCGCCAAAAUCCACCAUGGCAAACAAUUGUGUACAAGAAGAAGGAGGCAUUACGGUGGCCAACUUGGAGCAGCUCGCCAGCGACAUGGAAGAGGAAAUCAAGCGAUGCACCAGGGGGUUACAAAGCUAUUCCGCCAAGAGCACUUGUUGCAUCUACAAAGUCCCCUUGAAGUUGGAGAAGAACAAUGACAAGCACUGGUACAGCCCCCGCAUCGUCUCCAUCGGGCCCUACCAUUACGAGGAAGGAGACCUUAACCGUGACUACAAGUAUCAGUUCUUCGGCUCCUUUCUGUCCAGGACCCGAGCCGGCAAAGGUAUAGGCAUAGAGGACUACCUGAAAAAGCUACUCCCGCUUGAAACAAAAGUCAGAGAGUGUUAUUCUGAAAAUGUCAAACUCGAGUCCGGUACUGAGUUCCUCGAAAUGAUUGUUCUUGAUGCUUCUUUUAUACUAGGACUGUUUUACAAGUUUCAGGAUUCGGGACCGCACGAGACUGACGAACCUCUCGCACUCCUCAAGUGGAGACUCCCAUAUUUCUGCGUGGACUUGCUCCUCCUUGAGAAUCAAAUCCCCUUUUUUGUUCUGCAAGAGUUAUUUGAUAUUUCUAAGAUGCCUGACGAUCCGUCCUUGUCUGUGCUUGCUUUGCAAUUCUUUAACAACGUUAUGCAAAGACCCAAGGAAGUCAUAGAGAGGUAUGACGACAAUCCCGAAAAUCCGCCCGUGCAUUUGCUGGACUUGGUCCGAUCUAGUUUAAUCCCAAACGAUCCAAUGCGACCACAAAAAGAAGAAUUCAUGAUUCCCUUCUUCUCGAGGCUUCGUCAGAAAGACAACACCACCCUGACCCAAUUCAUUCCCUGCAUCUGGAAGCUCCGCCGUUCAGGGAUUAGCGUCCGACCGCGCAAGGCGGACAGCUUCUUGGCAGUAAAUUUUGAGUACGGUGUGGUUGAGAUUCCAAGCAUAAUCAUCGACGACUUCAUGAGAUAUCUCUUGCUGAACUGUGUGGCCUUCGAGCAGUGUCACAACAGUUGCUCCAAGCAUGUCACGGUUUACGCCACUUUCUUAUGCAGCCUCGUGGACAACCCCGCGGACGUCAAAUACCUUCGGGAGUGCGGUGUUAUUGAGAAUUACGACGUUGACAGAGUUGCUGACUUCAUCCAUAGUAUGGGCAGGGACUUGGCCAUUGAUAUCGACGACUUUUAUUUGUCCAGGGUGUUCAAUGAUGUGGACAAGCAUUAUCGGAAUGACUUCUAUGUAAAGUUCACGAGUUUCAUGCGAAGAUCUUUUUACACGCAGUGGCCGUUUCUCUCCUUUUUGGCUGCCGCUGUGCUCUUACUGCUUACGAUUGCACAGGCCUACAUCGCCAUCAUCGGCUAUGUGCAUCCCAAAAAGUAGUAGAUCACCUGAUCUACACCACCGUCGCUGAUGAUGUGUAUCCUAAUAAUAUUAAUGGGCUUUUGGCUAUUAUCUUAAGAGUACUAUCGUGGAUUUUUAUGAGGGUAAAAGCUUUGAUCUGCUUUGUUGUAUGCUUAAUUGCAUGUUCGAAUUCUUGUAAUGGGCCGUAUCUAUUUGCCAAGGGCAAUUUGUAAUUGUGGGUGCAAAUCUGAUUUUUAUUUUUUUAAAAAAUUGUUCAAUAAUAAUCUUGUUAUAAAAAAAA